ACCACAUCAUGGGCACGCAUCGAGAAGUCGCUGCGGCAAUCGGUGAUAUGGUACCUGCAUCUCAGGGUCAUCAAGCGUGAUGUCGUCGCCAGUGAUGCAGAGAUUUGCUGUGCACGGUCGAACAUUUAAAUCGAGAAGUUGCCAAUAGCCAUCUGAAUCCAUCUUUCCCCAUAUUAACGUCACACCAAGCACACCCUCAGACGAUUUCAUUUUCGCAUUACAUCAGUAAUCCAUCACACUACAAAAUCGGACACACAGCUCGCACCAUUGCACCUUCCCAUUCAAUAGGCAUAUAAACAAUCCGCAACAAUGGCCUCCAGAAUGCUUCGUAUCAACCGCAACGUUUUCCUCGCAGCACGACCGGCAGCUCGCAUUGCCUCUCAAAGACCACCGUUCAGAAACAACAUCAACGACCUCAGCAACCACCGCUUUUUUACAACAACACAGAUGAUGUCCGUCCAAGUUGACUCCAACUUCAUCUCGCAGAUCACUGCGGCAGAGAAGCUUAUCACCGGCAAGGAUGAGCCAGCGAAGGGGGGCCCAACCGCAAAAGCUCAACAGCACGCUGGCCAGAACCUGACAGCACAAGUCAUUCACGACAUCACCGAGGGCGAGAAGCUGCUUACCGGCAAGGCUGAGGUUAUGCAAGGAGGCCCAACGUCCAUCGCCCAGUCCGCUCUUACAUCUGGCUCAUCGACAUCCACCAACAAUGCCAACAACUCCUCUGCUUCAGGAAAGCUGGACUCAGAAACAUUGAGCAAGAUCACUGAAGCUGAGAAGAAGCUCACUGGCAAGGCACAACCGGUAGCCGGAGGCCCUACUGCGCAGGCGCAGAGCCAUGCUAAGGAGCCCAUCACUAGCGAGGCUCUACACGACAUCACCGAGGGUGAGAAGAAGGUCACUGGUGGAGAGCGCGUAAAGGGAGGUCCCACUUCGACCGCUCAAUCUGAGCUUGCCAAGAGCAGGUCAUAAGCAUAGCCUUAUGAGAGAGCUUCUACUGCUACGACUGUCUUGGCGUACUGUGUACAAAACUGUAUCAUAUUGCAUGGCAAGGGUUCCAAAGAAGGUUAACGACUAUAUCACGACAUGACUGUAUUAUAUAUCGAGGGUUUUAGACUAUCAUGUAUAUGAUAGUACAAUUCAAACAACAU